AUGUCUCAAAACCCUACCACAGUGGCAGAAAUCCAAUCAGAGUGCAAACUCUGUGGAACUCAAGGACAUCAAACCAUUGACUGUAACCUUUUGAACGACUCUAGCUUAGACCAAGUUAACUAUACCCAAGGGAACCCUUUCUCGAAUACCUACAAUCCUGGAUGGAGGAACCACCCAAAUUUCUCUUACAAAAACAAUAACCCCAUCCAAAAUUCCGGAUCUUCGAGACCCCAAGGAUUCCAAACACAAAAACAAAACCAACCUAUGCAAGUUGUGCCACCAAGAACAAACCUUAAAGAAACCAUAGACACCUUUAUUCAUAAUCAAACUCAGCAAAAUAAGGAGUUUAUGAAUCAACACAUUCACACAAACGAAAUAGUUACUAAACUGGCAACCAAGUUUGACCAGAUGAUGACCCACACCAAAAUGCUUGAGACCCAUAUUUCCCAAGUAGCCCAAACCACCUCUGCACAAGUUGUACCUGGAGGACAAUUACCUGGACAAACUCAACCCAAUCCCAAAGGCCAAGAAAAUUCUAUCACCUUGAGAUGUGGAACCGCUUAUGAAGGACCUAGAAAUCCUAACCUAAGCACAUCAAAAAAACCUAAGGAAGAUGCUGAACUGAAGGACCAGGUAAUAGAGAAACUCCACGUAGAAAUCCUUUUUACCGAGGCAAUAACCCAGAUACCAUCAUAUGCCAAGUUCUUAAAGGAUAUUUUGUCCAACAAACGGCGACUCGACGAUCCCAAACCUUUAGAAUGUCAUUCCAUAUCCGAGAAUAAAUUUGCCAAGAAAGACAAAGAUCCUGGAAGUUUUUCUAUCCCUUGCGUCCUAGGAAAUCAUAUGAUAGACAAGGCAUUUUUAGACCUAGGAGCAAGCGUAAGUCUGAUGCCUUUGGCUGUCUGUAAGAGGUUAAAAUUAGGAGAACUUCAACCUACUAAGAUGUCAUUACAACUAGCCGAUAGAUCUGUCAAAUACCCCAUGGAUAUUUUAGAAGACAUACCUGUCAAAAUUGGUCAGUUAUACAUUCUGACCGAUUUCGUUGUUAUGGAUAUCAAAGAAGAUGAUGACAUCCCAAUCGUCCUAGGAAGACCAUUCCUAUCGACCGCCGGAGCUAUAAUAGAUGUUAAGAAAGGGAAGUUGACUUUUGAGGUAUGA